GAGCUGGAUCCCUGCCGGUUUCCUUAGCAACGGUCUCAGGAGCCGAUGGCCGGCUAGCGAUUUGUUGUACUGCGCAGGAUCUGGGCUUCUUCUUCCCAGCUCAUAAGUUCUUACAGCCCGGUUGACCCGAUGUUUCAUGGAACAAUCACAGAAGAGCUAACCAGUCAUAAAGAAUGGAGUCACUAUAAUGAAAAUAUAAGAGAAGAUCAAAAAGAUUUUGUUUUUGUGAAGUUCAGUGGCCUUUAUUUAAAAUCUAUGGAAAAUUUGCAACCUUGUGUCUCUCUUAAAGUAUGCAUUUUCUCAAAUAAUUUUAUUACAGAUAUUCAUCCACUUCAAAAUUGUAUAAAAUUAAUUAAACUUGAUCUCCAUGGAAAUCAGAUAAAGAAUCUACCAGAUACAAAAUUUUGGAAAGGAUUAAAGAACCUGAAACUCCUUUAUCUUCAUGACAAUGCAUUUGCAAAGUUAAAGAAUAUAUGUAUAUUGUCUGCCUGUCCAAGCCUCAUUGCUCUCACUCUGUUUGAUUGUCCGGUAAGCCUUAAGAAAGGAUAUAGACAUGUUCUUGUUAACAGUAUAUGGCCUCUCAAAGCACUGGAUCAUCAUGUUAUUUCUGAUGAAGAAAUAAUUGAGAACUGGCAUCUUCCUGAAAGAUUCAAAACAUAUAACCAGCGACUCUUCUUCAAUUUCUAUGCUGCUUUGAGAAAGGGAGCCACCUAUGAUGAUGAGCUUAAUAACAUUAAAGAUGUUAUUUCAAGAAUUAAUAAAAUUCUGGCUCAUAAUUCACCAGUUUUGAUUAUUCAAAGAUGGAUACGUGGUUUUUUAGUUAGAAAAAAAUUAAGUCCUUUCUUCAUGUGUAAAAGAUACCGAGAAAAAAUUUUUAGAGAAUAUGAAGCAAAAUGGAUUUACAUAACCAAAGGAUCUGAAGAUGGGUUCCUGAAGGAUAUCAUUUUCAAGGAUGAAAGUAAUAUACGAGGAAAACUUACACAUUGGAAACACAAUAUAUAUCCUCUUGAUUUUAAAAAAGCUAGUGGACAGAGAAAAAAUGUUUCUUCCAUUUUAUAUGGAUUGAAAACAAAAGAUAUUGGCAGGAAAUCAAAAAAAUCAAGACAUCUCUUUCAAAAAGGUCAGAAGGAGUCUGGAGAUGAAAAUGAGGAUGAAGAAUUGGAUACCAGUUUUCGGAUAUCAGCAUUCAAACUACCCAUAUAUACUCCAGGUUCAUUGAAGUAUGCUGCAGUAUUGAAAGAGAAAAAACAAGAUUAUUUUCCUGUGCAUGCCCAUCUGUUUUCUACCAGUCAUCCAAAACCAAUAAUUAAAAAAGGCACAUUAUCAGCAACAAAUAUAAGACAGUUUUUUACAACACAAAGAACUGGUAUAAAACUCGAAACACUUAAUGAUAUUGACAAAUAUUAUGCAGAACAAAAGAAGCAGGAUAGCCAUGAAGAAAAAAUAAGAGCUGUAUCCAAGGCACGAGCUGACCAAAAAAGAGUUGGCUUAAUUGUUCGUGAAAGUAUAAAUAAGAAAAAAAAUACUACAAAAAAAUUAAUUGAAAGAGAUCAUGACACAAUUCAGAAAGAUUUACAGCAACUUUGGCAAGACAGAUUAAGCUACCUUAUAAAAGUUAGAGAGAGAAGCACUCUGUUUCUAGAAGAAAAAAACCAAAAGGCUGAAGAACAUUUAUUAAUUCAAACCUUAAGUAAUGAGCGUACUCUUCUGACCAAAGGGAUUAUUAAAAUUGAUAGACUGAAGAGGAAAGAAGCUCUCCUAAAACAGAAAUAUCUGAACGUUCAGAAAAAACGUGAAGAAGAAAAGUACCAAAGGAAUUUACUCAACCAAAUGAAGGAAUAUAGGGCUCAAGAAAUACACAAAAAACACUGUGCAGAAAAGUUUGUUAUGGACAUGAUUAACUUUCAGAAAGCUGUUGAGAGAUAUCAAGAUGCUAAAUCAAAAGUUGCACUUGUGAAAACAAAUUUUGUCUUUAAUGUUCCCAGUGGAAUGAUGAAAUGAACCAAUGGCAGGUCACAUUCUAUGCUCAUCUUAAGUUUAAUCCAUUAGUUUUACCUGAGGAACUUUGAAAUAAUACUCUGAAAAUAAUGCUCUGUGUCAUCAGAUGGAUUUAUAUGUAAAUUUUCUAAAUAUACAAAGAAUUGAGUGUUUCUUGUAUUAGUCAUAAUUUAACUUAAAUCAAGUUGACUUAGCAGCACUAAAAGUUUCCUUAUAUAUCCAGAUUCCCAAGGAACAAUUAAAAAAGAUUUUCUUUAUUGCAGGCAAUAUUGAAAACACACUGUGUAUAUUCUCUUUCAUAUCCUCUCUGAGUAUAGCAAUAUGUAAGUUAUUUUCAGUUUCUCUGGCAAGGUUAGCAUAGUAAUUUUACCCCUACUGCUGACUUUUAUUAAGAUACUGCUUACUUUGACUUCUUUUAUUACCUACUUUCAUACAUUUAAUUAUAUUUCCCAUUUAUUUUAUUACAAUGAUUUCUGUAUUUAUUUUUUCAAAGUAGAGAUUUCAGCAUUGUAUCAGUGAGUCAUACUUUCAUAAAAAUUUGGAAAAUAUAAAUGAUUAAAAGUAAACAAUCUUAUCACCUUCCUCAGAUGUUUUAAGAUUUUUUGCUCACUUACUUUUGAUGUGUUUAUCUUUUUUUGUGAAUAUGGGGAGGCAGGGAAGAGAAAGGUAGGGAGAAAUAGGAAAGAAUAC